CAGAAGAAGAAGGAACGCUUGCACUGGAGUCAUCAUGCCCCAGCCUCCGGUUGCUAGUCCCAUCCAACCGACGGAUAUUCAGCUGACAGGGGCGCCAUUUAUAUUCAGCACGAAAUACAUCCAGACCGCCAGCGGGGCACUCAAUCUCGUUGAAACGUGCCUGGCGGUGGUGCUGUUCCACUCGCUCUGCUCCCACUCCGAGGAGAGCCUGUCCGAGGCGCUGUUCAUGGUGUCGUUCACCUACUCCAUCGCUGGCAUCUACCUGCUCCUGAACGGCACCUGCAACCAGACGCAGCAGCCUGUUGGCUCGUCCAGGCAGCCAUCGACGCUGAUUCUGAUACAGCUACUCAUCUUCCACUGUGCCGGCAGCAUCGCCUUCCUUGCGUGUGGUUGCUACGUCCUCACCCGGCACUUUGGCAUUGCCAGGGCCAUCGUUGCAGGCACGGUGUCCGUGGUGCAGGCGUGCGUACACCUCUCGCACGCCCUGUACAUCUACAGGGGCGACUUCCAACGAUGGCUCGACAGCGUGUGAGCUCGCCCCCUACACCUAGCUGCGGUCGACCGCCGCCUAAUCGAAGCUGGGCUUUCACCUGCCAAGCUGAAUUUUCCACACCUGCUACGCUGAAUGCCGCUUGAUAAUCGCUUCCCUCUGUAUCAUAUAUAUGUGUUAUCUAGAACGUAUAUGUGUUAACGCCUUAGUUGUCGCAUAAUAAACUUCAAGACGCUGUA